AUGGGGUUCAGCACUUCUUGCAAGGAUAUUUCACUGCGAAAAAUCACCCGAACAGGCCAAAGCAACAUCACCAAUCUGUGCGCUUACUGUAGAGGCAACGAUGGACAAUAUUACUACAGUGAAAUCACCCUGGACUGGCAUCUUGGCGUUGACAACAAUGGCGGCGACACGCCUCGAAUCUUGAUGGACGGGAGAAAUUUGACUAGCUAUAUGUUGAGUGAUAUACGCCUAGAUGCCGGGGGAUCAGUGUUGAUUUGCACAACACUCCCAGCUCGCUAUUUUGGGUAUAGUUCGGCUGAUGAGUUCUCGCUGUGUUUGGACAUAUGCUUCCAUAAUAACAACGGAAAAUUGGUCUUUGAGGUUCCGCCGAAAAAUGUUGUUUCGAGAGUAUCCCGACUCAAAGUCAAUUCAUGGGGUCAGCUUAGUGGCUAUGCUCUCAAUAUUUACGGCAAAAUCCGAUAUACAACAAUAAAUCUGGGUGACCAUCUUGCCAAUAAUCAGGGCUCAAUCGAGAGAAAGCGCGACGGCCACUUUGAAAGGUCGGCUCAUAAUAUUCGUCUUGAUUGGCGAUGGGCUUUGUGCGCCGAUUUGGAUCGAUAUCCAGGCGAUACAAACCCAGGUUCUAUUUAUUGUUAUCAGUUGCUCGAUAACUGGAUGAGUAUUGAUGAUGAAGGAAACUUGAUCAUGGAAGAUCCUGCUGGCACAUGGGAUUUACGUGGACCUUUUUUCAGGCUUCUUGAAGAUAUUCCAGUUCUUGGAUAUGUCGUUGCAGGUAUUGAUGAGAUUGAGGGUGAUCAUGAUGAGGCUAUGCGUGCUGUGGCAGAGUGCACAUAUGCUACCAUUAUCUUGGCUGCCUCGAUGGUGGGAGGCGUCCUUCUAGGACCCGUAGGUGCUGCAGUCGCAUCAGCAGUGGCAGGAUAUGCUGGGAUGUAUGCUAAAGCCGCUAUUGGUCGAUGUAUAUCUAACCCAGACAUGCGUAACGAGGUCACAGCAAUCACUGUCUACCGCGUCCUUAUGGCAGAACUCUUCCUCAUUGCCGGGUCGGGUAUUGGUGAAUUUUCUGGAGCUUUCAGUGACCUCCUAGUAGAAGAGCUUAUGGCGGAAGGAUUUGACGACCUGGUAGCUACCAUGGCGGGGAUGAUGGGGAAAAAAGGGUUGAAGACAAUGACCAAGGCAGACAUGAAAAUGUAUGACUCUUCCACUGCUCUGUUUGAUAUUAGUACUGACGUGCGCCUCAUUUGCAGGAUUAUUGAAAAUUUGAUGGACGCUAUUCGGAAUGGAAAGUCGGAGGAUGAAGUCAAACAUAUGUUUAACGAUUUUGACAAUGAUGGUGUGGAUCUUUUGAACGCCUGA